CGGCUGAGUGGCGGGUUGGCCAGGCCCGAGCUGGCCGGAGGCGGACGUGAGCGGGCCGGGCCAAGAUGGCGGUGCAGGUGGUGCAGGCAGUGCAAGCGGUCCAUCUGGAGUCGGACGCCUUCCUCGUGUGUCUCAACCACGCUCUGAGCACGGAGAAGGAAGAGGUGAUGGGGCUGUGCAUUGGGGAGUUAAAUGAUGACUUAAGGAAUGACCCCAAAUUUACAUAUACUGGAACUGAAAUGCGCACAGUUGCUGAAAAGGUUGACACCGUCAGAAUUGUUCACAUUCAUUCUGUCAUCAUCCUGCGACGUUCCGAUAAGAGGAAGGAUCGUGUGGAAAUUUCUCCAGAGCAGCUGUCUGCGGCCUCAACAGAGGCAGAGAGGUUGGCUGAACUGACGGGUCGCCCCAUGAGAGUUGUGGGUUGGUAUCACUCCCAUCCCCAUAUAACUGUUUGGCCUUCACAUGUUGAUGUCCGCACACAAGCCAUGUACCAGAUGAUGGAUCAAGGCUUUGUAGGACUUAUAUUUUCCUGCUUCAUAGAAGAUAAAAAUACAAAGACUGGACGGGUACUCUAUACUUGCUUUCAAUCCAUACAGGCCCAAAAGAGCUCAGAGUAUGAGAGAAUUGAAAUCCCAAUUCAUAUUGUACCUCACAUAACCAUUGGGAAAGUAUGCCUUGAGUCAGCAGUUGAGCUGCCCAAGAUCCUGUGCCAAGAAGAACAAGAUGCUUAUAGGAGGAUCCACAGCCUUACACAUCUGGACUCAGUAACCAAGAUCCAUAAUGGCUCAGUGUUUACCAAGAAUCUGUGUAGUCAGAUGUCAGCGGUCAGUGGACCUCUACUACAGUGGUUGGAGGACAGACUGGAGCAAAACCAACAGCAUGUGCAGGAGCUGCAACAAGAAAAGGAAGAGCUUCUGCAAGAACUUUCUUCUCUAGAAUAAAGCAGGAGACAGAAUGGGGAAGAAUGAAAAUAUCCAGGAAUAAAAUUAAUUAGGCUAAAUCCAUUUUGAAGAAGAAAAAUUGGGAGGACUCACGUUACCUGACUUCAAGAUUUACUAUAAAGCUGCAGUGAUCAAGACAGCCCAAUCGAUUUUGACAAAGGUACAGAAGCAAUUCAACUGAAGAAGGAUAGUCUUUUCAACAAAUCAUGUUGGUGCAGUUGGCAAACAAAAGGAACUUUGACCUAAACUGUACACAUUAUACAAAUUUGAAAAUGUAUCAUGAUGUUAGGUGUAAGAUGUAAAACUGUAAAACCCUUAGGGAAAAAAAAUCAUAGAAAAAUCUUUAGGAUCUUGGGCUAGGCAACAAGCUCUUGGCCUUCACCCCAAAAGCACAGUCCUAAAAGGAAAAAGUUAAUAUACUGGACUUUAUCAAAAGGAAAAACUUCUGCUCUGCAAACAAUUUAAGAGGAAGAUGUUAUUGAGAGAAAUCACUUGCAAACCAUUUAUCGCAAUGAAUUCAGAAUAUAUAAAGUCAAGAGGAAAAAAUAAUACAAUUAGAAAAUGAGCAGAAGACAUGAAUAGACAUAGCACUGAAGAGGGAAUGUGGAUAGCAAGUAAGCAUAGGAGAAAAUAUUGAAUCUUAUUAGUAAUCAGGGGAUGCAAAUUAAAACCACAAGGAAUUAUGACUAUGUACUUAUCAGAAUGGCUAAAGAAAAUAAUAGUGAAAAUGGGGACUUCGUGGCAGUUCAGUGAUUGAGACUCUGCCUUUCAAUGCCGGGGGCUUGGGUUUGAUCCCUAGUUGGGGAACUAAGGUCCCACAUGCCUCGGGGUGUGGCCAAAUUUUUUUUUAAAUAGUGACAAUAGUAGAUGCUGUUGAGCAUACAAACUGGAUAUCUCAUACCUUGCUGAAUGAAAUGUAAAAUGGUAAGCCACUCUGAAAAAAAGAGUUUGGAAGCUUCUAAUAAAGUUAAACAUUAAAGUGAAAGUGUUAGCUGCUCAGUCAUGUCUGACUCUUUGGACCCCAUGGACUGUAGCCUGCCAGGUUCCUCUGUCCAUAGGGAUUCCCCAGGCAGGAAUACUGGAGUGGGCUGCCAUUCCCUUCUCCAGGGGACCUUCCUGACCCAGGGAUCGAAAGCUAAACAAACAUGUUCUUUAUUACCCAGCAAUUGUUUCUCUGGACACCUAUCCCAAAGAAAUAAAAGCCUAUUUUGGCACAAAAACUUCUAUACAGAUGUUAUUAGCACUUUUAUUUGUAAUAGCACCAAAUGAAACAACCCAGAUGUCCUGCAGUUGAGUGUGCAGUUAAACCAACCAUUCACACCAUGGGUACUACUCUGCAAUGUAAAGAAACAGAAUAUUGAUAUACACAACUUGGAUGGACCUCAAGUGUAUUAUGAUGAAUGAAAAAAGUCAGUCUCAACAGGUCACCUACUGUAUGACUGCAUAUGUAUAACAUUAUAAUGAAAUGAAAAAAUUAUAAAAUGAAGAACAGAUUAAUGGUUACCAGGGAUAGGGACUGGAGGGGUUAUGAGAUAUGGGUGAUUAUAAAGGGUAACAACACAAGCAGUUCCUUUAUGCUGAUAGAACAGUUCUAUUUCUUGAUUGUGGUUUGAUUACAUGAAUGUAUAUCUGUGCUAAAACUAUAUAGAGCUACACAAAAAAACCCACAAAUGGAGUGCAUGUAAAAUCUGGUGAAACCAAAUAAGCUCUAUAGUCUAGUCAGCAGUAUUGUACCAUUGUCAAUAUGUUGGUUUUGAAGUUGGACUAUAGCGAUGUGUAAGAUCUUACCACUGGGGGAAACUGGGACUCCCUGUACUAUUUUUGCACCUUCCUGUUAAUUUGUAAUUAUUGCAAAAUAAAGAGUUGUAAGUUUUAAAUAAGGAA